GUUGGAGCAAAGGAACCCUGGAAUACAUAUGAAUUUAGCACUAAAACAUGAAUAAUAGUUCUCUCUUUCAGAUACAAUGAAUUGAGACAAAAUUGAUAACAGUUACAGAAACACAGUUACAUAAACUUUGUGAAUAAGAAACAACCCAUGAUUUCACCUGUAAUUAAGACUUCAAGAAAAAGCAAGCACCAAGCAAAGUACCCAAGAUUUCCAGGAAUGGUUAGACCUCAUCUUAAAUACUGCCAAGAUUGCUGGGGGGUUUUUUUGCUAUUUUUUUCUCCCCCUCAAUUUGCAGCAGCAGUCCUCGUGCCCAAAGUCAUUUGCUGGUUUACUGGCACUCAAAUCUCCCUGACAGAUUAGCAAGGACCAGAGGGGGAUAUUAAGUGUGUGGGGGGGGGGGGGGGAAGGUGGGUGCUGCCCUAAUAUCACAUUUUUUUUUUCUUUUAUUCUACCCUUACUGUUCCUUCCACUUUCCCUGUGCAAUCUUGGAGAUAGGCUGAGAGAAUGGUGGUGUGUGUACCACUUCAUUCCACUUUUGUGAUAGCUCAGCCAUGUCCUCACCCUCUUAGCGUGUAUAUCAAGUCAAUACUCAAACUGGGUACAAGAUAAUGGGCAUGCCACCUAAAGUUAUUUUUGACCGAUGCCUGCAUCUACAAUAUCGUUCUUUUAGACACUACCAACUCAUGCCCCUAGUUAAGGUUAAGGAUAAUUAGUCCUACUGGACUUGAGUAGCUCAUCUGCAUACAUGCUCUUAUAGAAUUGAGAGAAUUUUCUCCGGACAGUGAAACAAAAAACACGUGUGUGUGGGCACACUUCUCAGCACCUUGGAUGACUUCCCGUUAUACUGUUUUCAUAACUUUACAAAUAGCAGCAAUAACCAUAGCCGACAAUAGGAAUCCUAGGAAGAAACUGAUAAGCUUAAGCUCCCCACUUCACCAUCACAGACCAGCACAAUACUUGCAACACUGCACCCCCCCAAUCCUCACUGGAGCACCAGACUACUAACAAACACUUCUACCAGAAGUAGCUGUGCAUCUGGUGGGUUAAUACACUACAAUUUCGCCAGAUUAGAGGCUCUAAUUUUAACUCAAAUUUUUACUCCGUCUUGCUUAAGAAAAAGUGAUGGAUUGGACACUAAUCAGUCAGUAAAUAUUGAUAGUUACUGAUUUCUACUUAAUAAAUUACGUGUUAUAAAAACAUGGUGUGAAUUAUCAACUAAGUUAACAAUUUCAGUAUUUUAAAAGCGUCAUCUUCCCUAGAGAGACAACUCAUCAUAGCUCCACAAUGAACACCCUCCAAACCUCACUGAGUCUUCAAUACGUCCCAGAGUCUACGCCCACCCUGUAUUUACUCCAGACAUCACAUUUUUCCCAAUUGUAUAACGAACAAAGGGCGACACUACUGUCAGCUUCCUACCGACAAUACAGCCAUAGCCACCCACUUGAGUAGUUUUUUUUUUUUUUUUGGAGGGGAGGGGGAAGAGGAGUCCCAGUACGUUACUGGUCCUUUUUUGGCAUCAAAAAAUUGCAGUACAACAAACCUGAAAGCAUUCCACCAAAUAAGCUCACAUCAAGUCUAGUUAUACCGAUAAUACUUUCCUAAAUACUAAAUCCAGUCUCAGCUCAGUUUUUACACACGCGUUAAUUUCUUAGCGAAUAUGCUCACAGACUUAUUUUUAACCACUCGCAUUUGCUAAUAAAAACAAGUAAUGCAACGAGGAAACAGACUAACUCCGUUACCGACCAAUCGGCAUUUUCCUUCCAUUCGAGACACCCUUACGUCAGAAGUCGAUUCUCGUCUCGACUUUGACUGUACGCGCGAGGAAGUACCUAGCGUGGUGGAGAAGGAAGAAAUACUCCCAGAGAGCGGCAGAACGGGGUCACGAACUAUGACCUUUCACAGAAAAACAAUAACAAAAAUAUUUUUAAUAAAGUAAAAUAAAAAGGGGUGACUUCGAGGACCGUUCGCACCAGAGUACCAGAGGCAUGACUAUAUGGUAUUGCCAGUACCGUUCCAUUACUAAAGAUACAUUCAUGAGUAUUGUGGACUUCUAGUUGGCUUCAUUACUUAAAGUGUAUUGACAGAUUUCUCUAAUGAUCCUACAUCACCAUGACAACGAAUAUGGAGGUGCUGGCUCAGCAGAUAGUGGAGACACAGCAGGUGGCUGAGGUUCAAGCUGUUCAGACCUCGCUGUCUGACACAUCAGUGAUGACCAGUCCUUCGCAACGCAUCCAGAUAAUCUCCACAGACUCUUCAGUUGCAUCUCCGCCUCGCAUACAGAUUGUAACUGAUCAGCAAACAGGCCAGAAAAUUCAAAUAGUGACUUCAGUAGACCCAUCAGCAUCUUCCAAGCAGCAGUUUUUCCUAACCAGCCAAGAUGGAUCCGGUACAGGAAAGGUGAUACUCGCAUCCCCUGAGACAGCCAACACCAAGCAGCUAAUUUUUGCAACUGAUAGUAUAGUACCAGGUAGAAUUCAGAUUGUGACAGAUCCAGCUGCAGUGGAACGUUUGUUAGGGAAAACAGAUGCACAGAGGCCACAACCUGUAGAAUACUGUGUUGUGUGUGGAGACAAAGCUUCAGGUCGACAUUAUGGGGCUGUCAGCUGUGAAGGAUGCAAAGGUUUCUUUAAAAGAAGUGUGCGGAAAAAUUUAAGCUACAGCUGUCGUAGCAGCCAGGAUUGUAUCAUCAAUAAACACCACCGAAACCGCUGCCAGUUCUGCCGGCUUAGGAAGUGUCUUGAGAUGGGCAUGAAAAUGGAAUCUGUACAAAGUGAGCGAAAACCCUUUGAGGUACAGCGGGAGAAACCAUCUAACUGUGCAGCCUCAACAGAGAAAAUCUAUAUAAGAAAAGACCUGAGAAGUCCUCUUAUAGCAACUCCAACAUUUGUUGCUGAUAAAGAUGGAACAAGGCAUUCAAGUCUUCUGGAUCCCGGCAUGUUAGUAAAUAUUCAACAACCAAUUAUACGCACUGAUGGCACAGUUUUACUGGCAACAGAAGCAAAGGCAGAGACAAGUCAUGGAGAUUUGGGUACACUAGCAAGUGUUGUAACAUCUCUUGCCAGUCUUAGUGAGUCACUUAAUAAUGGCGAUCCAUCAGAAAUUCAACAAGAGGACCAGUCUGCGAGUGAGAUUACAAGGGCAUUUGACACUUUAGCUAAGGCACUUAAUACCACAGAUGGUGACGCUGGGCAUAGUCUAGCAGAUGGAAUGGAUCCUACGGCAGGAGGCAAUAUUCAGGUUAUCAGUAGAGACCACUCAACGCCUAUCAUCGAAGUUGAAGGACCGCUGCUCACAGAUUCACACGUCUCAUUUAAGCUAACAAUGCCUAGUCCAAUGCCAGAGUACUUAAAUGUGCACUAUAUUUGUGAGUCUGCAUCACGAUUGCUUUUCCUGUCUAUGCACUGGGCAAGAUCAAUCCCUGCAUUUCAGGCUUUAGGUCAGGAUUGCAAUACAAGCCUGGUGCGAGCCUGCUGGAAUGAAUUGUUCACUCUUGGUCUGGCACAGUGUUCUCAGGUGAUGAGCCUUUCUACCAUCUUGGCAGCUAUUGUGAACCACUUGCAAAAUAAUAUUCAAGAAGAUAAACUUUCUGGAGACAGGAUAAAACAGGUGAUGGAACAUAUCUGGAAACUUCAGGAGUUCUGUAACAGCAUGGUUAAACUUGAUAUUGAUGGCUAUGAGUAUGCCUACCUUAAAGCUAUAGUACUCUUCAGCCCUGAUCACCCUGGUUUGACAAACACGAGUCAGAUUGAAAAGUUCCAGGAGAAAGCCCAAAUGGAGUUACAGGACUAUGUUCAGAAAACAUACCCUGAAGAUACUUACAGGUUAGCACGGAUAUUAGUACGCCUUCCUGCACUUCGACUGAUGAGUUCCAGCAUCACAGAAGAGCUAUUUUUUACUGGUCUUAUUGGGAAUGUUCCAAUUGACAGUAUAAUCCCAUACAUACUCAAAAUGGAAUCAGCAGAGUACAACAGUCAGAUCAUUGGCAGCCCUGUGUAGCAGGUCAGAGAAGAGACAUUCCUUGGACUUCACUUGUUUUGUUAAACAAACAAAAAAAGACGGGAAUAAAAUGAAAAACUGCUAAACUUUUUCAAGAGAGUUUUAAAACAGAAAUGAGAAGUAGCUUUAGCAACACAAGAUACUUCUCCUUCUAGACUGCUGAUGUACUGUUUAAUUUUAGUUGCACUUUUUCUGUCAUCAUUGUCUUUGUGAACAAGAAAUGAAGCUGGAUAACAGAUUUCAGUAAUUUUUUCCUCUCCACAUGAGAGUUCUGCAGUAGACUUUCUUGCUUUUUGUCUUUGUAAAACUGUUCAGCUUUGAAAGAAUAUGGAAUGAGAUCACCCAAUACAUCAGUAGAAGGCUAUUGAGUUAGAUGUACUACUCUGACCACAGCUGAAGGGUGUACUACCACAAUGGAAGACUUGCACAACAUGUUUGCAUUGCUGCCAUACUUCUCAGUGCAAUAGCUACUUAUCCCAGAUGUGGCAUCAGUAGGGCAUGGUUAUUCAUUCAUAACAGUUAUUUAACAAAUAUGUAUUAAUAAGGGAAAAGUUUGUUUAAUUGCACCACUCAUUUAGAGUGCAGUUACUGUCUCUUAAUUCCACAGCCCUAAUGUAUCCCGUUGUGCAUAUCUUGGCUUUUUAAAAAAAAAUAAUAAAUACAGCAGCAUAUGCAAUCAAUGUCUUGUGGUGUAAAAUUAAAUUUCAUUAAUGCAUACUUGUUUGUAAGAGCAUUAUAAACAUAGCAGAACACCUACUAUCCAGUUAUGUUGUCUUACAUGCCUUUGUUUAUUUUUGUAAUCCAUCAGUCAUGGUAAGCUGUUUUUUUUUACAAGGCUUUUAUUACUAAACUGUAGUACAAGUGAUCUUAAUUUCUUGCCACUGCAUUGCAAAAUGUUAAUACCCAUCAGCACCUCAAAACGGUAAAUAUGAUUAUAUUUAAGGUGAUUCUUGUUUUAAAAUGAGAAGUGAGCAUCUUCCUCUUUGGAAAGUUAGGGGUCAUCUAGAUCUUAAUUACCAUUUAUUUUGAAAGUAGUAAAAUGUUUCACCUUUGGCAACAUUUCUGUCUAUGCACUUAAAUAACAUCUGUCCAUAAUUUUGUUCUAGGGUAUAGCAAAGAGUGUCAGGAAUGCCUGAAGUGGAUACAUUUCAAUUCAGUUUCAGAGGUUAUAUUUAUAAUUGCUGUACAGAAUGACUAGUCAUUUCCUUAUAGUGUUACAGUUGUGGGCUUAUUUGGUAAGAUGUUUACUGGGGGGGGUGCAAAGGGUCACCUCCACCUUUCUGCAAUAAAUAAAUGGAAUCUCUUGGUCAUGUUGUUGCAGUAUGUCUGGACAUAACAUAUUCUGUAAUUUCUAAAUAUUUCAACUUCUACCAGACAUGCAGCUAUGUAUCAGCCUCUGCCCUAAUAGGAAGUAAAGCAGUUACUGUAACUGUGUGCAUUUGUACCGUGACCUACAGAGGACUAGAAAUCGUAAAUCAAAAAAAAAAAAGGGGGCAAAUAAUGUAUUAGAUAUUUUUUGUACAUGUAGAUUCACAGAAGUAAAUCUAAACACUGUAAUUUACUGCUUAACCCAUUUAAUGAAGUAGGAAAUCUGUACCCUAAUGAAAAGGUUACGCAGGUUGGGCAGACAAGUUCCCUGGCUUAAAUGAAAUGGUGAAUGUGAAAUGUUUACUUAAAUUCAAGUUAUUGAAAUGACUUUUUAAACAUGUUUUAUGUGUUAAACAUUUAUUAUGUCUAACUUUAAAUCAUUUGUUACAAUGAUGGUUCAGGUUAUGUAAUUUACUUAUUAAUCAUUAGUCAUUCAUUGUUUUGGAUUGAUUGAAGUCAUUUUAGAGGGAUGUUUAAAUUUGUAAUGCAGAGAUUGAAUGCAUUUCUGUUGAAGUUCCGAAGUUCAGGUGUUUAAAAUAAAUGGAGUGAAAGCGCUAAA